AAAAAGAAUCUCUCUCUGUAACCCAAUUGGAAAUCGGGAGGAGCUCCGCCAUACAUACAAACCCAUAUCAAUAAAUAAGCAUGCCGAGCCACGACGUAUUAGCAUUGCCCACUGCGCUCAAGCUUUACCCACCGAUUGUUUCUCUUGAUCGCCGCUCUCAACCAUUCUACCCGUUUAAUUCCCCCUUCCAUCUUCGGAAAGGCGGCAGGAACCAAAAGGUCUCUAUACUUAAGGCAGGCUUUUGGGAGUCCAUUAGAUCAGGGAUUUUGAAGAACAACACUGCACAAGUUGUAGAACCACCUUCCCCUGUUGAAGAAGUGGAAGAGCUUUUGCCCGAGGAAUUUGUUCUUGUCGAGAGAACCAGACCUGAUGGGACGGUUGAACAGAUCAUAUUUUCGUCUGGCGGCAAUGUUGAUGUCUAUGAUCUUGAAGCUUUAUGCGAUAAGGUUGGUUGGCCUCGUAGGCCACUGUCAAAGCUAGCGGCAGCUCUGAGAAAUAGCUACAUAGUUGCUACUUUGCAUUCCGUAAGCAAAUCAUCUGGAGAAGAGGUAAAUGGCCAAAAGAAGUUGAUAGGAAUGGCCCGUGCUACAUCAGAUCACGCUUUCAAUGCAACGAUAUGGGAUGUUCUUGUUGAUCCUUCUUAUCAGGGCCAAGGACUCGGAAAAGUCCUUAUUGAGAAGCUAAUAAGGACUCUUCUACAACGGGAUAUAGGAAAUAUUUCUCUGUUUGCAGAUAGCAAAGUUGUGGAGUUCUACCAGAAUCUAGGUUUUGAACCUGAUCCUGAGGGCAUUAAAGGUAUGUUUUGGUACCCAAAGUAAUAGCGGAUGAUCUCGAUCUCCAGUCUGAGACCACCUCGACUACUUAGUUUUGGAGUUGUAUGGUGAAAUACUUGGAUGGACCAUGUUUGUUUGGGGGAAUGUGACAAUUUAUUGUGCUGUGAUGAUGUCAACUACCAUAUGGUCUGGUCUUUGGAGGUUUUGAAGAGCCUGACCUGUAGUUGUAAAUAUACGUUCGUUCCCAGUAGCAAAAGAAUGGGGUUUGAGAAGCAGGCUAAGAAAUGCUAUCGUUUAUUCUCAAGUGUCAUUUAUCUCAUACUAUGUUGCUCUAAUAUACAGUAUCUUCAUUGGAUGUCUUUUAAGAAUGUGUAUGUGCUAUUGGACUUUAUGGUCAGUGAUUGUGGCAUCAUUAAACAUUUUCAUAACUUCGGCUAACCUCUGACGUAUUUAA